AUGUCAUCGUUCCACAACAAGAAGUUGGCUCUGAGUUCCCACCAUGACAGACCCACGCCACUGAACUUAGGCGCGAACAGUGAGAGCCACAGCGGGAAGAGGAAGCUCCUACGAACCUUUAGGAGCACGAGGAAUGAUACAUGUCCAGACUGCAAAGAAAAGGGAAUAAUCAUAUGUGACAACAGUGAAGGGACGCAAAUAUGUAACGGAUGUGGACGGGUGUUGGAAAGUCGUAUCCUCUCAGAGGAACAGGAGUGGAGAAAUUUUCACAGCGAUGGACAGAUGAAGUCGAAUGAUCGGAAUAGAGUCGGAGAGGUUAGUGACAUAUGGUUCGAAAAUAAUUUGACGAGUACGACCUUUAUAAAAUCAAGCAAGAAGCUACAGCAUCUGAAUAUGAUGACACAGAUCAAUAAGAGUGACCAGACUUUGCUGGCCGCCUUUAACAUACUGAAGCUUAUUUGUGAAACGUUUUUCCUGCGCAGCAAUGUGAUUGAGCGGGCGAAGGAGAUAACGAAGGAGCUGCAGGACAUGGAACAACUGAAGAACCGAAUCAACAACCUUAACAUGCUGGCAGUGGUCUAUCUGGCCUGUAGAGAAGCGGGACAUAUUAAGAGCAUCAAAGAGCUGAUCACAUUUGACAGGUCCUUCAAAGAAAAGGAUCUAGGAAAAACAAUAAAUAAGUUGAAGAAGAUCCUGCCUUCUAGAGCCUUUGUCUACAACGAAAAUAUCUCUCACCUAAUUUUUACCUUAUCGAAUCGGCUACAGUUAUCUAUCGAUGUGAUUGAAUCUAUUGAGUACGUCGUGAAGAAAGCCACGACGUUAAUUACGACAUCUCAUCGAUUGAACUCUCUUUGUGGUGGAUCCAUUCACCUUAUUGUUGAGCUUAACACAAGUGAUGAAAAGAAUUUGAAGUUGCCGAACAUCGCGCAAAUUGCUGCUGUGUGUGGAGUGACAACGAAUACGUUGAAGACGACCUUUAAGGAACUGCUGAGUGCUGCGGAUUAUAUUUUGCCUUCGUACUACUUGGUGGGGAACAACUCCAAGCUGGCCACACUUCGACAGAAGUACCUGAGUGACGACCGGCGCAGGAAGAACAAGUGA